CUGAAGUAACAGCGUGAUCUGAGUUUUCUUGGUGGCUUUUUUGGUCCUGUUUGUGAAAUUGAUGUUAUACUUAAUGAUGCAGAAACACGAAAAACAGCAGAAAUCAAAACCGAAGAUGGUAAAGUAGAAAAACAUUAUCUUUUCUAUGAUGGAGAAUCUGUUUCAGGAAAGGUGAACAUAUGCUUUAAACAGCAAGGGAAGAGGCUAGAACACCAAGGAAUUAGAAUUGAAUUUGUAGGACAAAUUGCAUUAGGAAAGCAGAUGUCCGUCCUUCCUAUCCCCCUCCACCUUCAGAUUUAAACACUUGAGUAAAAUGCUGUGAAGAAUCAGCAUCAUGUGUUCAGGUUCAGAUGAUUUUUGAACUCUUCAAUGACAAGAGCAAUACACAUGAAUUUGUAAACCUAGUGAAAGAAUUGGCCUUACCUGGAGAACUGACACAGAGCAGAAGUUAUGACUUUGAGUUUAUGCAAGUUGAGAAGCCAUAUGAAUCCUACAUUGGUGCCAAUGUCAGAUUGAGGUACUUUCUUAAAGUGACAAUAGUAAGAAGACUGUCAGACUUGGUAAAAGAGUAUGACCUUAUUGUUCACCAACUUGCUACAUAUCCAGAUGUUAACAACUCUAUUAAAAUGGAAGUAGGCAUUGAAGACUGCCUGCAUAUAGAAUUUGAAUACAACAAGUCAAAGUAUCACUUGAAGGAUGUGAUUGUUGGAAAAAUUUAUUUCCUCUUAGUCAGGAUAAAAAUUCAGCACAUGGAAUUGCAGCUGAUUAAAAAAGAAAUCACUGGAAUUGGACCCAGUACCACAACAGAGACUGAAACCAUUGCGAAGUAUGAAAUCAUGGAUGGUGCACCUGUUAAAGGUGAAUCAAUUCCUAUAAGGCUCUUCUUGGCAGGCUAUGACCCAACUCCUACAAUGAGGGAUGUGAACAAAAAAUUUUCUGUGAGAUACUUUUUGAAUUUAGUGCUUGUAGAUGAAGAAGACAGACGAUACUUCAAACAACAGGAAAUAAUUCUGUGGAGAAAAGCACCUGAGAAACUGAGGAAACAACGAACUAACUUUCACCAGAGAUUUGAAUCUCCAGAAUCGCAAGCAUCUGCUGAGCAACCUGAAAUGUGAACUGGUGUAAGGUGAAAAACAUUUGUGACACUUCAGCGGGUUAAAGAUGGUGGCAGCCUGUAGGAAAAGAAGGCCAAAAUUCCCAUUACAACUGUCUUCCUUCAUCUUACAGUGCUGCAUUUACCAUAAUACUAAAGCAUUCUUCAGUUAAACUUUCAAGUAUGUAUAUACCUUCAAAAUAAAAGUGCUUUCUCAAACACUG